GGUGGUCUAGACCAGAAACAAAACAACAGCUUUAUAUCUAUGGACGUCAUUAUUAUUUCGUAGUGCUGACUCUGCUAAGCUGAACAAACUGACCAUCUGGCGACAAGCCCUGAAAGCUGUUAGGACAGAGAAGCAAAGAAUGAGAUCCAAGUAACCAGGAAUUAGUACAACCAUAUCUUCAUUUCUUUCUCUACCAAUCACCACUUAUCUUACCAGUCAGAAUGGCUAGUAACGUAAUUGAAAUGAAGAAUCUCUCAUCUAAAGAACGGAUUAAAGCCAGUCACGGUCGGGGGCAGCAAAAAACAACAGGUCGAUCAGACAAGGAGAGAACUGAAGUAGACGCUAAAUUGGCACGGCUACUCACUGUGUGUGGCUCGGGUACUAAACAACAGCUACUGGAGCUACUCAAGGACACAGACAUCAUCAACAAAAAAAUCAAGGGUACCACACUGCUACAUGAAGCGUGUUACCAUGGUAACCUGGAGUGUGUCAAGGCGCUCAUGAAAACCGGGGCCUGCCCCACCAUCUGGGACGUGAGGGGCUACACACCCGCACACUCUGCUGCCUACAACAACCACCUCUCUUCACUACAAGUGGUCCUGGACUUCAACCCACCCUCCACCACGAACUCUGCUAAAGCCACUCCCAACACUCUCUCUAAAGACAAGGAAUCUCUUCUACAUAUCACGUGUUUUCGAGGCCACCUCAAGUUAGCGCAGUUUCUUGUGUUUAGGGAAGCCAAUUUAGGAGUAACGGAUUGCCAUGGUAACUCAGUAUUGCACUACGCGGCUGGUUCGGACAGUGGAGUCCUCGUGAAGUGGCUGAUUGAUCAGUUGUCGGAGGAAGUGGAGAAUGCCGUCAACGCUAGGAACAAGUUUGGCCAGACCCCGGCCCACAGAGCUCGAGCCUCACUAUUAUUGUAUCUGUAUACUCUAGAACCAACCGUCUCCCCCCUCCUACAGUUUGGCCAGACCCCGGCCCACAGAGCCUCAGUACUGGGCUGUCCCUCCUCCCUCAGUGUUCUGAUCCACUAUGCUGCUAACCUCUCUAUAGAAGACAAUGAUGGGUACACUCCAGUGGACCUGGCACGGCUGAUGUGCAAAACACCAUGCUAUGAUAUCGGUUGUGAUGUGAAGAAGGCAUACAGUCUUCCACCCACUCCACCACCGUACAGUGGUUCCAUCUCCAAGAGUAUGGAUAAUCUCUCCUCCAGUCAGUCACUGUCUGUCAGUGGAGGGAGGCAGAGAAGCCUCAGCAACGCCUCCUCCUCCACACAUCCACUGCCACAGAGGCAACCCUCCAUCACUGGUGCACAAAGACCACGGAAUCUCUCCAUUAUCAGAAGAGCUUCUCUGAUGAGCAAGGGAUCGUCCCUCACAUCUGUUGAUGAUGCAAGCAUGUACGUAACCAAGACAACCGCUCUACAGGUUUCGAGCUCCUUCAAGCAUAAGAAGAGCAAAAGCUGGGACAUCACUCAACAACUCCUCUAUAACAGCACUGCCUACGAACCACCUCCUGAUAUUCUAUUCGUUCCUCCGGUCCACAAGACAACCAUCUCUCAGGAGAACCCACGAUUCUUCAGUGGAGCCCAUGACAUCAAAAUCAGAAUAUCUCCGGAACACUGGCCCCCUCAAACCCUACCCCCUGACCCGUCCAAACUUGAUCCGACCCCUCCAGCCCAACCCCCCUCAAUCGACCUGUGCGUGUGUGCGGCCAUGCACUUGAACCAGCCCUUCCCCCCCGGCUACACAAUUGUCAGUCCAGUCUACUUCAUAAGCUGCAAAACACCGCGACCUUGUCAAGUUGAACUGACCCUACCACAUGUCGUAGCUUACACCAAAGACGAGGACAAGAAACGAUUGCGUAUAUUAUCAACAACCACAGUUAAUCCGAAUUUACGUGACGCCUGGUCGCCUAGCGAUAGAAUGCUUACGGAGCUACAAACAGAUUCUUUCGAAGUUGAUACGUAUCGUGUUAAAUUCAGAACCAGUCUGGUCCACCCAUCUCUGUAUGCAGUGGCCGUUAACGAAAGGGACUUUAGUUUAGAGCCACAUUUGCCGCUACGAUGCUCUCUGUAUAUCAGCUAUCCCGUGUUGGAACCGACGGCUAGUGUCUCCGGACUCUACGUGACCUCGUAUGUUGGCAUGAAGUUGAAGACCGUGUACACAGCUGUGACUAACCAAACGACUGAAAACAAGAGCAAGUUUGAGGAGAAACACUUCACACUAUCAGGGGACAGUGUUCGUGUGGAUGCUGGCCUAACCAACCAAUCAGAUGAGUGGGUGAUGACAUCACGUGACAGUGGAGAGUUCACGUACAACCAGCUGGCUCUAACUCAAGAGACUGACAAAGACUCCUACAGCCACACACCCGCCUACCCUCCACACACAACGUUCUUUGUGGAGCCUCGCGGAGUGGCGGCAGCCGUCAGGUGCAGAGUGAAGUUGUUAUCAGGAGAUGGGACAGAGAUCAGUUACAUCCAAGUGAUCCCCUUCUCUCCAUGCAGAGAAUUGACCCCGCCCCCAAGUCACCUGUCAAAAAGCUCUGUACCGCCCCCUCAUUUCACACUGGCCCAACCUGACGACCCGGACACUCUAGUAACCAACGUGUAAAACUCUUUCUCUUUUUUUUUACCCUCCCUCAAUUUUGCAAUUUUAAUUCGCUAUUGUACAAUAUAAAUUGAUUUUUCGCUCUAACAACUUUUUUUGCUCAAUUAAAA